AAGGAAAGUUGGCCCCCUGGCGUCAACCUGAGGACAUACAAUUGAAUUGCAUCACGCCAGCUGUCCUGUGCUUUACUUUCUUUAAGCAUAUAUUUGCGCUAAUUUAUAAGCUGGUCGUUUGUUCCCUGUACACCCUCCAUCCAUUCCUGCACUGGUUGCCCUCGACCGUCCGCCAUGGUGCGUCUAAGGGAGAUACCCCGGACGGCGACCUUCACCUGGUCUCCUGGGUCCGCUGCUCCCUUCAUUGCUACUGGUACACGCGCGGGCGCAGUUGAUGCAGACUUCUCCAACGAAACGUUCCUGGAAUUGUGGAAUUUGGACUUGGAUAAUGAUAAGCUGGGGCAAGAACUGGAGCCGGUAGCGAAGAUCAGUACGGAGUCCGGCUUUCACGAUAUCGCAUGGGCAGAAUCGGAAGACCAUACUCGAGGAGUGAUCGCAGGUGCUCUCGAGAAUGGAUCUUUAGACCUGUGGGACGCCGAUAAACUCCUCAACGGUGCAAGUGAUGCACUUAUUUCAAGCGCCUCCAAACAUACUGGGCCAAUCAAGACAUUGCAGUUCAACCCGAGGCAUUCGAAUCUACUUGCUACGGGCGGAGGAAAGGGGGAGUUAUUCAUUUCUGAUCUGAAUAACGUCGACCAAGCCUUCCGAUUAGGCAGCGGUGCUGCACGAGUCGACGAUAUCGAAUGCCUCGACUGGAACAAGAAAGUGCCUCAUAUCUUGGUCACCGGAAGCAGCGCUGGCUUUGUAACAGUGUGGGACGUGAAAACCAAGAAGGAAAGUCUUACAUUGAAUAAUCUUGGCCGGAAAGCGGUCAGCGCUGUGGCAUGGGACCCGGAGAAGCCGACCAAACUAAUAACUUCUAUACCCCUCGAAACCGACCCCUUGAUUUUGGUUUGGGAUCUACGAAAUUCGAACGCUCCAGAACGGGUCCUGCGAGGCCACGAGUCCGGUGUGUUGUCACUUUCUUGGUGCGCACAAGAUCCAGAUUUGCUCUUAUCUUGUGGUAAAGACAACCGAACAAUUUGCUGGAAUCCUCAGACCGGCAAUGCAUACGGCGAAUUCCCAGUUGUGACAAACUGGACGUUCCAGACUCGCUGGAAUCCACAUAACCCGAAUAUGUUUGCCACUGCCUCCUUUGAUGGAAAGAUUGUGGUCCAGACUAUUCAGAACACUCGACAGGAUGCAUCGCAAGCAGGAAACAACCAAGAGCAAGCUGUUAACGAUGAAGAUUUUUUUGCGAAAGCGCAAACCCGCCCUCAAAUUUCAACUUUCUCACUCCCCAAAGCCCCCAAGUGGCUUGAGAGACCAGUGACGGCUUCAUUCGGAUUCGGUGGCAGAGUAGUUUCGGCGGGUUUGAGCUCGGGAAGCCGAUCUUCAAAGAUCACAAUCAGCCAUUUUGAUGUUGAUCCUAAUGUGGGCAGCGCCACUGAAAAUUUUGAGAGCUCGUUGAAAACCGGGGACUUUCGCGGUAUUUGUGAAUCUCGGAUCGCCAGCUCGCAGUGUGAAGAAGAGAAAACCGACUGGAAAGUUAUUGAAACUCUGCUCUCCGAUAACCCUAGAAAACAGUUGGUUAAUUAUCUCGGAUUUUCCAACGAAGUGGAUGAGGCCGCUGAUAGUUUAUCGAAGCUGGGCCUGGACAAGAAGGAAGCGAACGGCGAAGGUCAGCUUUCUCCGAAAAGUGAAGGGGUCAAGAAACAUAAGAGAAUAACUUCAAUUUUUGAGACAAACGUCGAAGGAGAGAGCUUCCUCGACGAGAUAGCUUCUUCUAAGGGAGCAAAAACCAAUAACCCAUUCCAGAUAUAUACAGGCUCCGAAUCUGAAGCAGACAGGGCCAUUACCAGGGCCCUAUUACUCGGCCAGUUCGAGAAGGCCUUGGACGUGUGCCUUCAAGAGGAUCGAAUGUCAGAUGCAUUUAUGGUUGCAGUUUGUGGAGGUCAGAAAUGUAUCGAAAAAGCUCAAGAAGCGUACUUCUCGAAACAAUCCGAAGGGCCCAGUUUUGUUCGUCUCCUUGCCUCUGUGGUUGGAAAGAACUUGUGGGAUGUCGUUCAUAACGCAGGUCUUGCCAACUGGAAAGAAGCCAUAGCCGCUAUCUGCACGUUUGCCGACGAUAAAGAAUUCCCUGAUCUGUGUGAGGCUUUGGGUGACCGGCUGGAAGAGAGCUACAGGUCGAAAAAGGCAAAGCAAGCCCGAAAAGAUGCUUCCUUUUGCUAUUUGGCUAGUUCAAAACUCGAAAAGGUUGUUUCGAUUUGGAUUCAAGAGUUAAAGGAGAAUGAAGCCUAUAGCAUCCAGAACGCGACUGAUGACACGAGCUUCUCGAUUCAUGUUCGUGCUCUUCAGAGCUUCAUCGAAAAAGUGACCGUAUUCCGUCACGUGUCGAAAUUCCAAGAUCCGGAGCGACAGAAGUCUUCGGAUUGGAAGCUCAGCUCCCUAUACGAGAAAUACCUGGAAUAUGCUGAUGUAGUGGCGUCCCAUGGUCGUUUAGACGUGGCUGAAAAGUACCUUGAUCUGUUACCAGCAUCGUACCCAGAAGCAGAGGUUGCUAGAAGCCGGAUUCAGUUUGCAACAAAGAAGCCUGCUUCCAAAGCAGCAACAGGCCGUGCGCCGGCGCCUCGUCGCCCGCCUACUGCGCCGACACUGACUGGUACUUUCCAGCCAGCUCAAAUUCCAACACAUAAGGGCCCGGCACCGGGAUCGGUCAACCAGUUUGCACCUCCAGCUUUGUCAAAACCGACUAACCCAUAUGCCCCUACAACUACUACUAGUUACACCUCAGCUGGAGGCACGACUUACACGCCUACUACUGGGUACCAGCCGCCGCAGCCACGGCAAUCAAAUGUUAUUCCUCCUCCCCAGCCGCUGGCUCCACCACCUCAAAGUGGACCAGCAGGUCUUGCGCCGCCUCCAAGAGCUUCAAGUCAGUCUCCCUCGGUAGCUGCCCCAUAUACUCGAGCAACGAAUAUACCUGCUUGGAAUGAUCUUCCUGAAGGCUUUGGAAGGGCUGCAACUCCGCGUCGCAGUACGCCGGUGACAGGUAGCUCUGUGAUUAGCUCGCCGUUCCCGAACACACCAUCCCUAACCCAACCGGGAUCCCAAACGCCCCCUCCGCCUUCCACCAUGCCUGCACCGAGGGAUAGCGUUCUCCCUCCACCUCCUAAGGGCCCGGCUCCGCCGCGAAUGGCGUCCCCUUCCACCGCCGGAAUACCUCAUGGUUUGCAACCGACGGAACGACCCCCAUCCCGUACUCAUGUGUAUUCCCCUCCUUUGGCGCAACAAACAAGCCCAGGAAUGGCCGUACCUCCUCCAAUCCCCCGUGGACCUUCGCCAUAUAAUGCGCCACCCACCGUUCCACCACCCACGAAUCGGUAUGCUCCGGCCCAGGUAUCCCAGCCCACCGGUCAACUGCAUGGACAGCCUCCAAUCGCACCUCCACCCCACUCAUCUAUGCCACCACCUCCAGGGCCAUAUGCUCCACAGCCAUUUCAGCAAGCACCAGCGCAAAGUCCCUACGCACCUCCUCCAACCGGUCCGCAAGUCCCACCACCUCCAGUUUCUCAACAAGGAUCCCGGCCAAGUACUGCCCAGUCGCAACAAAAGGCACCCCCCGCUCAAAAAUAUCCACCUGGUGACCGAUCUCACAUCCCGGCGAACGCUCAACCUAUGUACGAAAUCCUCUCUUCCGACAUGCAGCGUGUUAAGGCCCGCGCACCAGCAGCCUUCAAAGCUCAGGUCAACGAUACAGAGCGCCGCUUGAAUAUUUUGUUUGACCACCUCAACAAUGAAGAUCUCUUGCAGCCUAGCACCAUUGAAAGCUCGUCAGAUGCUUCUCGCUUAUCCGUUUCUCUACGACGCACGAUUCUAAUGUGUUGUGUCAUGUUUAGGUUGGUGUGAAGCGCCUGAUUGGCAUGAGCAGGGCGACCCCAUAAUCGGGACAUUUUACCGCUGGCACCUAUGUGGUCUUGCACUUCCGCUUUUGUUACUUAAUUUUUUUGGCUUUGAAAUUUUGCUAUCUUUAGGACCCGGUUCGUCUCUCCCAGGUAACGUGGACGAGCAUAGAUGAGAUA